GUGGUGGUGUUUCAAUUUGUCUCAUCGAACGCGCUUUCCGCAUGUUCGCUUUUCUUCGGUAUUUGUUAACCCUAAGAACUGGAUUGGCCGUUAGCCUAGUGACCCCUUUAUCUCGUGAUCAUGUAGAUUGAAAAACGACUUAUUAACCAUUUUAUUCCUUUCCGAUAAAAUGAGUGCUCAGCCGUUUGAUAUGAGGUUCGCAACGUACAGCCCGGUACGUAUUACGCUGUAUCCAUUUCUUUAUUUUCGGACUCACCCUUUGGCACGCUGACUACGCUUGGCUGGUCUCGAACCGUAUUACUCACCAUCGGAUAUCAUAUCCCCAUGCUACGCCGAAUCUCAAAAGUCGCAAUGGCACAAGAUCGCACACAGUCUCUAUUGACGGCACGCGUUCGUCCUGGUUCGUUUUACCCUCGCUCAUCAAUGACGCCAUCUGGAUUGGUCGAACCUCGCCAGACCGGAUUGGUUUUGGGACAUUUGCCAGUUCCCCCGAUUCGUCACAUCCGCAUCAUGGGCAACGGAAGUACUGAUCAGCAAGAUCGAGACUACCAGGUGGUUAGUUAUGGCGAUUUGCAAAACCUCUUACCUGAACCGAAACCAAGUGGCCGUAUUGAAGUCGGUCUUUUACCCGAUGGAAGGGCAUAUGCCCCUAAAACGGCUUCUCGUGAACAAUACUUGUUGUUUCCAACAAAGCUCAGUUAUAUUCUUUAUUUUACUCACUACUAUUUCUCCCUCGAAAAUCUCAGCAAAGAUUCCACGCUUCUCAGUAUGUUAAUCGAUCGGCGUACCAUACCUUUGGACAAGUUGAUACAAGCCCCUCGAUUGAGCGCUGUCAAUACAACGCAGGAUGAAGCAGCACAGGCUUUGGUCGGAAGCAACAUCGUUUGCAUCGAGGACAUGGGUAAUGGCGUGCGUGGUGUCUCUCGACGCGAUAAGUUUCCCUCGGAGGAACCUUCGUUGCCCUAUGAUCGACAUGCUGAAUCGGAUUCUCCAUCAAAGCCAUUUGUGCCUUCGACUGUUCAUCCCAUCACAACUGAAAUUGGGGAAAUUGAGCAAGACGCCCAUAACAUUAUUCAACAUGAUGCUACUUUUGACUUGAAACUUAACUCCCGUAGUAGUUUACCCAUGGUCAGUUUCCAGGCUUCUUUCGACUCCCAAAGCACCAAUCGGUCGGUUUCUUCAGCAUCCGAGCCGAUGACUACAUUAGUCUUCAGUGCUGCUUCAAGUUGUGUGCCUUCAAGCAGUCGAUCCCCGGUUUCUCCGCCACUCACCGUAAAUACUUCUGAGAGUUCAUCCUGUGCAACCGUGCUUCCAAGUGUUUCUUUGGGUUGUAACCGCUUUGCUGUUGCAGGCUGGUCACAUGCGCAACCUGCUGUAUUUAGUGGGAGCCAACCUGAUGGAACGCAGCCAUCAGCCUUGGAAACUAGUGGCCCUACUUACAACACAUCCAUCCCCGGUCCCCAUAGUUAUCCGUCGGGAGCCCAUUUGAGCUCGUUAUCUGCCUCCGAAAUGUCACAGAUGUCUUUUUUGCCACUUAGACAGCCGCCCGUCUUUGGUCAGUAUGUUAUGAACCAAACAUGUUCUACUCCCUUUACUUAUCCACCUGCUCUAGCCCAGGUGUCUUCAGCAGGCACUCCGUUAAAUCUUGCUAUCGCAGCUUCCAUGGCCAAUCAACAUCAUCCCAUUGUGUCCGUUUCCCCUUUCAACAGCACUAUGCUUGGCUGUCCAUCCCACUUCGGCCCGCACCAGGCCAAUGCUGCUUUGACUGCGGCUUACAUGGCUGUUGCGCAGCAGCAACAACAACAAGCUGCUUAUCUCCAUGCCACUUUACCUCCCGGUGUCCACCAGCACCUCCAUCCUUUUCAUUCGACAACUCCAGCACAACCACCAACCUUUCCUUUUUAUUACUCCACGCAACCGAUCCAUCUCCCCGUCCAGUUUCCGCGUCACUCUGUUCAGCGUCCCACGUACCCCCUGCAGGCUUACCCAUACUAUCCGACUUUGUUGCACAAUCAAAUUGCGGUUGCUCCUGAGGUGACCGGUCCGUUGGGUAAGCCCGAGACCAGUGGACAGUUUGUCACUGCCGGAAACUCACCUCAAGUGCCUACCAGCAUCAGUUAUCCAAUACUUUUGCAACAGCAGAUUCAGCUCCCUCAUGCUAACCCGUUGGAUUCUAGGCUAGUUGCGGCUGCUGCCGACUUGCAUCUCCAGCGUCCUACGUCUGUGCGUCACUGCGUGAAUGCUUUCGGAUUAGCGCCAUCAUCGAUGCUCCUUACCAACCAACCAACAGGCAGUGCAAACAAUUUUACAAUACCGGAAGCUUCCCACGCUUACGAUCCCGACACUGGAACAAACGUCGCCAAUGAGAUUGAGUUGUCAAGAGGUUUGCAUACCAUGAAUCUACAUGAUGAAAGAUCUGGUUUAAGCGCACCAAACACCGCGGUAACUUAUUUACCCUCAUCUGGUAGCGGAAUGUUCAGCGCCCCGACUACAGCCCUUUGCGAUGAUGCUCCAGACGAUGGGAUUACGACUACCAAUUCUGUGCAUGGUAUUUCGUGUGAAGAUUCCGAAGAUUCCGCGAGUUCUGGUAUUGGUGAAAUGAAUUCAGCAUGUAGUAGCAGCACAAGUAAUGCACGAACGACCUCUUCACGUACCUUAACUGAUAACGCUAUCGACGCAGAUAUGUAUACUCCCUUUAACGUUUGCAGACACCGCUUCCCUACUGGCUGUGUGCCGGAGCCUGGUUCUAAAACGUGAACUGCGAACAAUCUCUCUACCCGUCACCCAUCCUUGCACAUCCUGCUGUCCUCCUAACAGACGGUGUCCUCAUCAUCACACUCUCCGGCCACCAGGUGCACACAUCACACGAGGCCCUCGCUGGACACUCGAAUCAAUUUCACUACCGCUCGGUCAUGCUUCGCUUGGAUAACGGUAGCGAUGGAGUUAUUCUACUUGUGAAUGCACGUAAACUUAAAGGAAAACACAACGCAGGGCAAAUGCUGUGGUUCGGCGUUUACUUUUUAUGAGUUCUCCUGCCCCAAACGCGUUAUUAUUAUUAUUAUUCGCUUUUCACAGCGUGUGGUUCAUUUCAUUCUGAUUCACCCGCCGUUUAUCAAGUGUGAACCUUUUUACUGAAAGAUUCUGUGAUAUGACUUCAUCCAACUAUGUAUGUGCUUAAUAUCUUUGGCUAUUUUGAUUUGUUCCUGCACUGGUUUUAAGCCUUUUCCAAUCCCUUCGUUCAGAUUUGCUGUCUGAUGCUCCCACAUUGCGUGCGCGUAGACAGCUUUGAACAGACGAAGCGCACUUUUAUUUGCCUUUUUUAGGCUUCACUCUUGCAUUGUUGGACCUCUUUAAACUAUUGGCACCACUAGUGUCCUGGACAUCGUAUUUACAUGCAGUCGACCUUUCUCUGUAAUUCUAGUUACUUUUUCAAUUCAACAUUUAUUAGGCUUUACUAGUCACUAUUCAGUAUUCCCUUUACUUCGCCCCUUUCUACCUCUGCGAUUGCCCUCCUGUCACCAAGAUCAAAGCGCCUUAUGUACCAUUAUCUCGUAUGUUGUCAUCUGGGACUCCGUUCAUUAAGGUGGAGCUAGUUGCUACUGCACCUUUCCCAGCGCCGCCAGUAAAUCCUGCCUCUUCUACCUUGGUCCAUUAUCACUUUACAUUUCAUUUCAAGUGGCAGCACUUAUGCUGUUCACCACAGUGUGGCGCCACCAACUACUUAGUAGGUUUUUCCAAGAAUACGUAUUCGCCUAGAUCUUCCAUUUUUGAACUCCUGACUUGUGCUCCGAGCAGUUUGUGGUACAGAAGAACUUGUCAUUUACAAUUUCAUACUAAACUGAAUUUUUUGAACCUCCAUCAAACGGGGGACGAAUGCAUGCGAUUGCAGCGUGCCUCGUUCUUCUCUUACAGAGAAUAUUGCUUUUUAAAAGCAUCUCGAUCAAGUAUUUUGAUUAACUGACUAGUGUGGUGAAUAAAAGAGCGUUUGCUGACACAUGGACUUUUAUUGCUGACCCGAUAUGCUCUUUUUAUCGGUCGUGUAACUUACUUUAGCUCGGAAGAUUCCGUUAUUGUUACGUCUCCUGGAGUUAGAACCGAACAGCCUCAAGUGCAUGAAGCGAACAUCGCCGAAAUAGGUCUGUUGACACAGUGUACACAAGACCGGAUGAAGUAGGUGAAGCCGCACAAAAAUCACAGUCCAAAACAAGUCCCGAAUCACGGCUACUUUGC